UCCAAGGUGCUAGAGGUCAACUGACCCACAUAUCCUUUGCAACCCCCACACACGUUCUAUGUGUCCGUAUGUCCAGCCCCGCGUUGUCUUCUAGGGUGAGCUACGACAAACGAGUGGCACCUAACCCCCAACAAUAUCCGCGAGGCCGCGGGACUCUUCGCGAGAUGCUCUUGGAAAGUGGGGAGCACCGCAAACUGGGAUUCGAUAUGCACAAGAUCGCCUUGGCACUUUACUAUGACUUCGAGUUGACGAUAUCCAAUGCCAUAGACAUACACUCAGCAUGGUGUGAUAGUCGUCGGCAGGUCGUGGACUUGUUCGUGGAGUCGGCAGGGGGCGAGCGGGAGGUGCACAGACAUGCUUUUUCGAUGCUUUAUUGGUGCUGGAUUCGAGGGAGGUGGCGUACGGAACCUCGCUCUGCGGGCAUGGGCCGCUUGUCAAGUUGGUUUACUGCCAGGGGCGAUCACACGGCUACAGAGGGCUGCUACAAUCGAUACGAUGGACAUACCGAGACAAGAUCUCAGUUGGUUGGCUAAGUUUACUCGCAUAUCGUGGCAGCUAUACGCUCUCAAGCCCUCCAAAGUCAAGAAUGACGUUCACGCCGAGUUCAGCAAACAGGAUGAUAUACUGAAUGUCAAUCAGACACGCUUCAAGACGCGCAUGAGGGAUGGCGGCAACCAGAAACUGCAUGUCGAGUUCAAUCUGCAGAAUGGCGCUACAGUCACCACUCAAGGGCGCGUCAAUGAAGUGCAUGGCAGAUCGGCGAGGAUCAGUAUACACAAGCCGGUCGCCGCGUCCGCCACGAUCAAGAGUAUUGUCACGAUUGGCAAAGAUCCUCCGACCUAUGCUGAGUCGGAGCGUGACCUCAUUGUACUGUCGGUGUUGCAGCGAACGCUUCCGUUCUUUCAGCAGCCUAUCGUCCACAAGAUCUUCGACCAGUCCUCACCCGGGCGCCCGCGUGAGCCCAACACAUCGGAUUACGAGAUCCACCUCGCGGGUCGACGCCUCAACGACUCGCAAGCCGCGGCAGUCGACCGGAUAAUCUCUGAUGACCCGGACGACCAGAUUUGUUUAGUGCUUGGCCGCCAGGCACGGGUAAGACGACAGUGAUCGCUGCGUCAGUCGUCGACAUGGCGGAGCAUCCUACGAAGAAACACAACAUCUGGCUGCUCGCCCAGUCGAAUGUCGCCGUCAAAAACAUUGCUGAAAAGCUCGCAGACGUCGAUUCCUCGACUUCAAGAUUCUGGUGUCU